AUGAAUUCGACAAGCUGUGUCAUUGAAGCGAAUCCGGAUGUAUCUGGUGUCGGCGUGAGUAACAUUUUCCUGAGUUGUGAUGUUUCAACGCUCGCCUCAAUAUCCCACGCAGUAUGGCUAACUCCAUAUCCCCAGAUCCGCAUAUCUAUAUACGCCCUCUGUCUGGGCGGAUCAAUAGUAAGCUACUUGCUCCGUGUCUUUGCACCAGGAGAAGACCAAGAGGAAUUCUCGCGCGGUGUAUCCUCCGCCCUGGGCAUGCAAGGACUAGCCCUCCUCUGCACAGCAAUCUACCAGACCUUCAAGGGCGACCUGACACUCUUCCACGCAAUCUGUGUCGUGCACCUUCUCUCAAUCUUAGGCAUUGAUCUAGUCAACAAAGGAAGAUACGCAGGAUUUGGCCCUUGGCGACUAUAUUUCUUCGCCUUCCUUCAAAUCCUGGCAUUGGGGGCUUUCCUCGCCUUCAACAUUUACGUCUGGGUCACGGCGCCUCAUUUCGGUAGUCAACCAGAGUGUAACUCUACUACCGUGUAUGUUGUUUUUGGGAUCAGCAUCAAAGCAGUCUCGCCUGUCUUCCGAUACAUCAUUCUUGGGACUUUGGGGACGGUAGUGGCGAGUUUUGCCAUUGCCUUUACCUGUAUGCUGCCAUGCAUGUGCGUGUACUAUGGGUAUCGCCGGCGGAAUCCUUCGGCUGGGGACAGAAUCGAAGUACAAAAGAGGGGAUGGAGUUGGUUUGCGGAGUUCAAGUCGCCGGGGUGCCGGAAAGAUAGUGGGCCACCAGAGAGACUGCAUGGCCAGGCAUUGCUCAAAUACACCCUCAACAGGGUGGCUUAUUGCUCUUUCUGUGUGUAUUUGAUUGUCUCAUUGGAGCAGACUAUCCAACGCAACGAUCUUGAUCCCGAAGAAGCGGGUUGGACCUUCGGCCAGGUCAUUGCAAUCUUCUUGCUCUUGGGUGUCGCAAACGAGCUGCUUAAUGUUUUCCUUGCAAGCUGGGAUAGGAGAAAAGGCGAAAGCUUGCCACAGAUGCAAUCGAGACCGAGUGCGGCAAACUCUGUAGCCUCGUUGGCCUGUUGA